AGAAAUGCACAAAUCAUAAAGAAUGCCACAAUGGUGCUGUUUGCGAAGAAAGAGAAGGGGUUGACAAAUAUUGUUCUUGUGAAUAUGGAACGAGCGGAGAUUUCUGUGACAUCAUCCAAGAGUGUGUCGACAAUCCUAAUCUGUGCGGUGAUGCGGAAUGCGGAUACAAUACUCGACUUCGACGUGCAUUCUGUUAUUGCGACGACAUCAACCAAAGGUUCGACUGGUCAUCGAAAAGCUGCGUUAAUCGAACUGAAUGCAAUAAUAACGAAGAGUGCAGCACCAUUCAUGGCGCAUGCGCUGAUCGUUGCCAAUCAUGGGAACAAUGUAAUUACACAGACACUGAAGACAAACGGUCUUGCCACUGCGUAGAAGGGACCAGUGGUCAAAAUUGUGAAGUUAUCGACGACUGUUUCAACAAAAUUGUUGAUUGUGGAACAGGAGAUAACGUAGCCUGUAAAUAUUUCUACAACAUUGGAAUUGGAGGACAUGCGUAUUGCGAAUGUACAAAAAGUGGCCAAAAGUUCGAUGAAGUCAGUAAAAGUUGCAAAGACUGUGAUUGUGGAACUAAAUCUAAAGAGUGUCGUUUUAAGAAAGGUAUGAGAAGGUGCAAGUGUGAAUCUGACGCCAUCAACUUUGGUGACAGAUGUGAAGAUUGCAAAUGUGGCAAAGGAUCUAAAGGUUGCAGUUACAAAGACGGUGUUAAAGAAUGUUUUUGUAAUCCAGGGUACAACGAACUGAAUGGCGUCUGUGAAAAAUGUGAUUGUGGCAGUCAUUCAAAAGACUGCAAAUUUGAAGAUGGUAAGAAGGUUUGUACAUGUGAACCUGGAUUUAAAGCAGGAAAUUAUAGUAUCUGUACACCCAUGUGCAACGACAAACACGCAUGCUCAAAUGGAGGACGUUGCCUGCAGAACAUCUGCUUGUGUUUGACAGGCACGGGUGGACCAUACUGUGAGACCAUCUAUGAAUGUGAAGACAAGCUUUGUGGUGAUGACGUCACCUGCCAAUAUGAUAGCCAUACCCAAAGAGCUUACUGCCAGUGCAAUUCUGCACAACAGACGUACGACAGCUAUGAUAAAUCCUGCAAAAAAUGUAGUUGCGGUGAUGAUUUAAGAACUGAAUGGGAGAGAUGUGAUUUCGUACUUGGAAAAAAAGUAUGCCAAUGCACUGAAGGAUAUGAUUAUAGUUCCAAAGUGGAUAAAUGUCUGGAAUGUGAUUGUGGAAACAAAUCAAAAACAUGCAGUUUUGAAGACAAAGGUGAAAAAGUUUGUCAAUGUUUAAAGGGAUAUAUUGACAAUUUAGGAACAUGCAAAAAAUGUGAAUGUGGAUCAAAUGGCGAAUGCUCUUUCGAUAGCAACGGUAACUUUUCGAAGUGUCUCUGCGAUUCCGGUUUUUCCGAAAAUUCUGGAAAAUGUGUCCUUUGUGAUUGUGGACCCAAAUCCAAAUGUUCAUUCCAAAAUGAAAGAAAAAUGUGCUUGUGUGCUAAAGGAUACAAGGAUGACGAAGGAUACUGUACAGACAUCGACGAGUGCUUGAAUACUGAAGCCUGUCCAGGACCAGGAACACUUUGUGAGAAUACCUUAGGAAGCUAUAAAUGUCGAUGCCAACAAGGGUACCAAGGGCGUUCUCCAACCGAAACUGACAAGAAAAGCCUGUGUGAAAAGAUAGGUUG